CCGAAGCGUGGGGGGACCUCUAGGAUGUAACGCUGCAGACUCGGACAUCUUCGUUCCAGCUACCGUCCGGGACAUGGCGUUCCCAGAGCCGAGGCCAACGAAGCCGGAGCUGCCUCGGAAAUCGGUGCGGAGCCUGCCCUGCCGCCAGGGAGCCGUGCGAGCCGUGCGCUUCAAUGUUGAUGGUCGAUACUGCCUGACCUGUGGUAGUGACAAGUCGCUGUCCCUGUGGAGCCCCCUGCGGGGGACAUUGCUUCGGACUUACAGCGGCCACGGGGCCGAGGUGCUGGAUGCUGCAGGCUCAUUUGACAACAGCCGCCUGUGCUCUGGGGGGAGUGACCGAGCUGUUCUGUUUUGGGAUGUGGCGUCAGGCCAGAUUCUCCGAAAAUUCCGUGGCCAUGCAGGGAAGGUGAACUGUGUGCAGUUCAAUGAAGAAGCCACAAUAAUUAUAUCUGGCUCCAUUGAUUCAAGUGUCCGAUGCUGGGACUGCCGUUCACGACGCCCUGACCCUGUCCAGAUCCUAGAUGAAGCCAAGGAUGGUAUAUCCAGUAUAAAGCUGUCAGACCAUGAGAUCUUAGCAGGUUCUGUGGACGGACGUUCACGGCGCUAUGACCUACGGAUGGGAGAGCUGUAUGCAGACUAUGUGGGAAGUCCCAUCACUUGUGUAUGCUUUAGCAAAGAUGGCCAGUGCACGCUUGUCUCUAGCCUCGACUCUUGCCUUCGACUCCUGGACAAAGAUACAGGGGAGCUGCUGGGAGAGUACACAGGGCACAAGAAUCAUGAAUACAAGCUGGACUGCUGCCUGAGUGAGCGAGAUACCCAUGUGGUCAGUGCCUCGGAGGACGGAAACGUCUACUUCUGGGACCUGGUAGAGGGCACUCUGGCUUUGACCCUGCCUGUGAGCCAUGGUGUUGUCCAGUCCCUGGCCUUCCACCCCACCGAGCCCUGCCUGCUGACUGCGUCGGAAGGCAAUGUCCAGUGCUGGCGAGAAGAGUCAUUUGUAGCAGAGGACGAGUUACCUGCUUGAGGGACAGCACAGACGUACCUGGAUGGGACGCAUGGAGUUUAUUGGCCUUAGGGAUCUGUACUAUUACCUGCCAAGUAAAGAGAUCUUUAUCUCACGCCUAGGUAUUUGCUGACCUUGGCCAGGGCACCAUGAAAGUUGGGGAUGUCUGGGGAGUAACUGUGAGACAAUAAAUAGGAGGGAUCAG